CCCCCGCCCAGCCUCCCGGGCGGCGCCGGCCGUGGGAGGCCCGAGGGCCCGGGAUCCGGGGGCGCGGGGGGCGGCCUCCCGGCAGCGUGGGCUUUGCGUUCUCCUCCUCCAGGCUUCCGAGGCGCCAAGCCAGCUCUCAUCUCCUGGGUGGAGGAAGAGGCCGACCUGUGGGGCCCGGCGGCCCGGGAUCCGGAGGCGGGAGCGUGUCCGCCAGCAGCGGACGCAGGUGACGUGUUGGGGACUGCGUUCCCGGGGACCGCCUCUGGGCCAGAGCCGUCCAGCUGCCCUCGGCCAACACCCUCCCUGCGCCUCCUGUUCUCCCCUGAGUUGCUUUCCCCGCUGAGGUUUCCUGGCCGGCCCCUGCCUCCCUGCAGGGUUCGGCCCCGAAAGGGGCUGGGAGGGUGGCCCCCGCCUCUGCUCGCGCGCAGGACCUGGCGCACCUGCCUCUCCCGCGCGUCUGCGCCCCUCUCCUCUUGUGGACGCUCUGUGGGGCAGCUCCCCUGCACUCCAGCUGCUCUGCCACCUCUUGUGUUUCCGGACCCUUCGUCCCGUUGUCGUUUUGUGGGCGCCUCCUUUCUCCUGGGUUCCACUGUUUACUUCCUCCGGUUUGUCCUGGCACUGUAGCCCCUCCCUUGAACUUGUCAGUGCCGGCCACCUUCCUGCCUCUCCUCCACUGUUCCCGCUGCCCGGAGUGUCCUGAGACCUCCACUCAUCCUCCGUGACCCGGCGGAGAUGUCCCCUCUGCUCCGAUUUCCCCAGCUCAGAGGCAGAAGGUAUGGUGCCUCUUCCUUCCUUCCUUCAUCUCCAGGUCUCUUCUGUCCUCUGCAGCCCAGGAGAAGCAGGUUCCAGAAACAAAGAAGAGAAAAGGCAGGGAGAAGGGACUGAGGCCCUGGGGAAGAGCCUUUCUGUGGAAGCCGGGCCUCCUGGACUGAAGGCUCUAAUGCACAGUUCUUCUGCCGGGCUCCCUUAUAGCGUGGAGCUGCCGUCCAAGGCACCUCGCCGGGGUCACCCCCGACUCUGUGCCCACCCCCCUGUCCCAAGAGCCGACCAGCGUCAUGGCUGCUCCAUGUGUGGGAAGAGUUUUGCCUGGCGCUCUACGCUGGUGGAGCACCAGUAUACGCACACGGGUGAAAAGCCCUUCCGCUGCCCGGACUGUGGCAAGGGCUUCAGCCAGGCCUCCUCUCUGAGCAAGCACCGGGCCAUCCACCGCGGGGAGCGGCCCCACCGCUGCCCGGACUGUGGCCGGGCCUUCACCCAGCGCUCUGCCCUCACCACUCACCUUCGGGUCCACACGGGCGAGAAGCCCUACUGCUGUGCCGACUGCGGCCGCUGCUUUAGCCAGAGCUCUGCCCUCUACCAGCACCAGCGGGUCCACAGUGGCGAGACUCCCUUCCCCUGCCCAGACUGUGGCCGUGCCUUUGCACAUGCGUCAGACCUUCGGCGCCACAUUCGCACGCACACAGGCGAGAAGCCCUACCCGUGCCCAGACUGUGGGCGCUGUUUCCGGCAGAGCUCCGAAAUGGCAGCCCAUCGGCGUACCCACAGCGGUGAACGCCCCUACCCCUGUCCCCAGUGCGGCAGGUGCUUCGGCCAGAAGUCAGCCAUGGCCAAGCACCAGUGGGUCCACAGGCCCGGUGCCGGGGGACACAGGGGCCGGGGUGCCAGUGUGUUGCCUGUGCCUCUGGCCUCCAGCCAAGAGGACCUGGACCCACCUGUGAGCUUCCAGCACUACCCAGAAAUAUUCCAGGAGUGUGGGUGAUGGUCUCAAAGAUGUCCAGGCAAAGGGUGACGAUCUAGACAUUGCCUGAGGCCCAGGUUGGGCUCAGGGGCCUGAACUUCUGUGGCAGUUCUAAGGAGGUCCCAGAAUUCCAGGCAAAAGGUGGACCUGGGGAAUGAGGACCCUUUUCUCUUAGGCCUUCACAAGCUUGAUCAGCUGCCACCUUGCUCCCUGUGGUCCCAGACCCUAGACACCCCUCUGUUCCGUGAGGGCUGAGCUAAGCACGUGCACAAGACCUCCACUGUGGGGAAGAAAGAGCUGGUUUCCCACUUAGACACGUUAAGAGGAUUGAGGGAGAAGGGAUGUUUGCUGUAUCCAUUGUCUUACUGCCGGAGUUAAAAACUGAUGGCCACGAAUCUGGCUUGUAGCAACCUUUCACAAACUCUUUUCGGUCCAACCAACAUUUAAAAAUGUUACAGAUCAUGGUUAAGACUUAAAAGGAUAUUUCACACAAAAAUUCAGGUUUCUGGCCUCUUUGGAAAAAGCCAAGGAUUUGGCAACUUGACCUGAGCUCCCACAAAAGCACAGUUGGCAGGAGGUACCGGGCAGCUGCUUGGCCUUCCCGGCUUGCAGCCAGCGUCAGCUGGCCCUCGUCCCCACUUGUCCUUGUCCUGCUACAGCAGGCCCUCUCCGCUGGCCAUUUUCCCCUUGUUUUCCUGACCCGUUGGGCUCCUGUAGUCAUUUGAGUUUGCAGACUGGUGGACAGCAUUGGAGAGAAGGAAAAGCAGGCUUUACUUCAGAUGUUUGCUUGUAUCACGUUCUCUGGUUUACAAAGUCUUGUCCAUCAGAUCAUUUUGCCCUUGUAACUGCCCGAGGAGGGAACCGUGUAGCUGGGAAAGGACAGCCCAGUCAGGAAGAGGCUCCCAGGGCUCUCUUGUUUUGCGCCAAACCAAGAGGUGUCUCUGCCACACCACGGUAGGACUCUGGGCUGACGGGUAGUUCCUAGUUUUGAAGACGAAGGCUCUCAGUAUGCCCUCCAGUCCUCCUCGGGCCUCCCUGGGACAGCCCUAGCGCUCAGGCCUUAGCCGCCCUCCACCCAGCCAGAAGGGACUCCUCACAUUUUGGAACUGGAGGAGAUCUUAGCUUUUCUAUCCUUUUGCAUCUGAGGACUCAGACUGAGGAAGGCAAACAACUCGUUCAAGGUCACAUGCAGAGUGAAACUCCAGGGUUCUUGGUUUACUGCGGUCUUUGCCACACUACUCCUGAGUCCCUUGCCCGUGUCUCAGCCAGGGUUCUGGAGGCAUCUGCUCCCUCCCUACGAUGGCUCCCAAGCAAUGAACCUGGACUAGGGACAGAGCAACCCAAUGCCAGUGAAGCCCAGUUCUGAGAUGACAGUGUUCUGUCAUAGUAAAGCAAGGCAGGGGAGCAGCCAGCCCGAGAGGAGAGUUCCAGGGCAAGUAGAAGCAGAGCUUCCCUCUUCUCUUUUUACGUAUUUCCUUGUGAACAAGGAGGGACAAGGCCAGGAACACUUGGGUUUAGUAGCCAAGGGAACGGCUCAUCUGUAUUCCCAAGCCGGGUCCCUUGUGACUCCAUUAUUCAUCAGCACCCAGUUCCGCUGUGGUCAGAGUCCAGCCCUGACCCGCUGACGAAGCAGCAAGCCACAGGCACACUCGUUCCUGCCUCCCUCACCCCCUCAAGGAGGGGCUUAUGUCUUCUGCGGGUCUGUGUGCACCUGCCUUCACCCAGCUGUACCCCAUAUCCUGUCUGGCUUACCCUAGGAAGAAACCAGAUUUGUCAACCCAGAGAAGCUUCUAAAGGAAGAGGUAGAAAAUUGGGGGGAAAAGACACUGUUCAGGUCAAAUGACCAACUGAAUUGAUAACAAUUUAAUCUUCAAACCUGACCCCACCAGGACCCGGCUUACCCUAACAUUUACUGGGAGGGUUGGCUCAGGUGCCAUCUUGUCACAAGGGAGACAUGCAGUGAAAAGAAGCACCUUGGCAACAGGAACUACCCUUGCGCCAGCUUUUAACUCCCUAAAGAGAAGCCAGGGUGCCCUUCCCUUCCCCCACGCUCAGCACUGCCCGGGGAAAGCCCAGCCUGUAACACCAGCUGUCGAAUUCAAAGCCAUAUCUGGAUCCUGCCCUCAGCUCGCCAAUUAAAGUUACCAUAAUUACUA